AUGGCAGCCUUUCAGAUCGCACCGCCAGAGACGCUCGAUUGUGCCAGCCCUGAUACGUGGCCAGUAUGGAUCCGCCGCUUCGAACGAUUCCGUACAGCUUCCGGAUUAGAGGAGAAAGACGGGAAGAUUCAAAUUAGCACACUGGUCUAUGCAAUGGGACCGAAAGCUGAAGAAAUAUUGAGUUCAUUCACCCUCACGGAGGAGCAGGCGAAAAGCUAUAAUGAGGUGAGAAGCAAAUUCGAUACACACUUUGUAGCGCGACGCAACGUGAUAUUCGAACGUGCAAAGUUUAAUCAACGUGUACAAGAACCAGAGGAGUCGGUUGAUUCUUUUGUCACUGCGCUGUACAGCCUGUCGGAACACUGCGUGUUUGGAGACCUCCACGAUGAGCUCAUCAGAGACCGCAUUGUAGUAGGUUUGCGCGAUGCGAGUUUGUCUGAGACACUGCAGUUGGAUUCUGAAUUAACGUUGGAGAAAGCCAUUUCGAAGGCUAGACAAAAGGAGACAGUCAAACAACAGCAAGUGGUAAUCAGGAAAGAUGACACGCAUUCCACACCUGCAGUCGUGGAGGCGAUUCGUGGACGACGUCUCGUGGCGCAAACCAGACAAAGGAAGACUGCCUGCGUACAUAAGGAGAAGAGUUCGUCGUCGAGUGGCAGACCAAUGGCAAGAGAUUCCUGCACUAGAUGCGGACAGAAACCGUCACAUGGUAGAGCUGCGUGCCCAGCAGUAACGGCGAAAUGCCAUAAGUGCGAACGUGUAGAUCAUUACGCACGCAUGUGUAAAUCCAAACAAAAGAUCGAAAUCGUUUCGGAUGCUAGCUUUGAGUCGGACGAUUCCCGCGGUUAUCUAUGCUUGGGUGUUAGAUCUAUGGGAACUGUAACAGGUGCUUGGAUGACCAACGCUAAGGUGAAUGGGAGAGAGUUGAGGUUCAAGAUCGACACUGGUGCAGACGUUACAGUGAUACCAGAAAAGGUGUACAAGACAACCUUCAGCAACGCUAAACUUCAACCUGUUACCAGACAUUCACUACGUGGCCCAGGAGGACAUGCAUUAGAUGUGCGUGGGAAGUUUGUUGCCAAACUCCAGGUCAAAGCGUUGGCCGCACAGCAAGAAAUAUUUGUGGUGAGCGGAAUGACAAGAUGUCUACUUGGCAGACCAGCCAUUGAAGCUCUGCAAGUAAUCAAACGCUGUGAGAUAGUACAAAAAGCUGCAUGUAAUCUGGUCAAGGUGGCUGAUGUGCAAGCUGAAUUCCCAAAUUUGUUUAAGGGGCUUGGAAAGAUGAAAGAAGAGUACACCAUCUGUCUGAAAUCAGAUACAAAGCCUUUUGCCCUGUCUACUCCCAGACGAAUACCUAUCCCCUUGAUGAAGAAAGUGGAGGAUGAACUGCUAAAAAUGCAAGUGGAGGGAGUAAUUUCAAAAGUAGAUCUACCCACUGAUUGGUGCUCAGGAAUGGUCAUUGUUCCUAAGCCUAAUGGUCGUGUGAGAGUUUGUGUUGAUAUGUCCAAACUCAAUGAGAGCGUAAAAAGAGAGAGAAUGGUAUUACCUUCAGUAGAACACACUCUAGCUCAAUUACAAGGCGCUCGUGUUUUCAGUAAGAUUGAUGCGAAUAGUGGCUUUUGGCAGAUACCGCUGUCAAACGAGUCUGCCUUACUCACGACGUUUAUAACGCCAUUUGGUAGAUUUUGCUACAACAGAUUGCCAUUUGGUAUAACCUUGGCACCGGAGUUAUUCCAAAAAAAGAAUGUCUGA